AUGAACUAAUCUAACUGUUCUACCUAAAUAAAUAGAGUAACAGUAUAUGAAUAUGGUCAAAAUCCUUAGGAGAUCAAUUUGGCAUAAGCAAUGUCAUUUGAUAGUCUAAUUAAGUUAGUGAGUAGAAAGUAGUGUUUUAGGAAAAUUAGACUUUUUGAUCAUAAAUGUUAAGAAUUAUUUGAAGAAGAUCUUAAAUACUUAAAAAAUGAUUCGAAAAUAUAUAUAACAAGAAAUGGUAAAAGUUUAGAUGGUCGAUAUGUCUUAUUUGAGUAUAAUCCAAUUUAGGUUCUAUGUAAAGGUGGUUAAGGAACAGUAAUGUUAAUUUCUCAUAAAAUUACAUGUGAAUAGAGAGCACUUAAGUUUAUUAGUGAAGGUUAGGAGAAUUAAUACUUAUAUAUUGCUAGGGAGGCAGAGAUAUUAUAAAAAUUAAAGCAUCGUAAUAUAAUAAAACUCCAUUAAUAUAAAUUGUUUCCAGAAAAGUCAGAGGCAAUACUUGAAUUAGAAUAUUUGAAAGGUGGUUCUUUAUUAGAUUAUGUGUUAGGUAGAAUUUGUUAUCAAAUUUUAGAUCAUGGUGCAUUAGAUGAAACAACUGCUCGUAUUUUAUUUAAUCAAAUAUUGGACGGCAUCUCUUAUUGUCAUAAAAAUAAUGUAAUUCAUAGAGAUUUAAAGUUAGAUAACAUUCUUCUCUGUGAUAAUAAUGAUUUACGAGUAAUUUAAUAUAAAUUAAUUAUAGAUUAAAAUUAUUGAUUUUGGAUUGUCUUAUUUGUCUGGGACGGGGAUUCCUUUUGAUGAACCAUUAAAUGUUGGAACUGUUAAUUAUGCUUCUCCAGAAAUACUUUAUGGUUAUUUGAAGACUGUUAAUUUUUCAGUUGACAUUUGGGCAUUAGGAGUCAUUCUAUAUUAUUUGAUUUUUGCUCAAUAUCCUUUUAAAGGUGAUAACAAUACAGAAAUACUUUUAAAUAUAAGUGAAGGCAAUUAUAAUAUCCCAAAAAAGGUGACUUAAGAAUUAAUUAGUCUUAUUACUGAUAUAUUCAAUCCUGAUCAUUAAAAAAGAAUUACAUUGAAAUAAAUUAAAUAACACAAAUGGGUUAAAGCAUAAAUAUAAAGCUAUCAUUAAUUAAGCAUUCCACUUUCCGAAUUGCCAACUACUUCAAAAGGACAAUAAACAUUUGAAAAUUCUGUCAGGAAAUCUAAAGAAGAUAUUAUUCACUAAAUUGAAAAAUAAUAAUUAAAUAGUACACAUUCAGAAAAGCUAUAUCAAAAAUUAACACCUAAAUCAAAUUUGCUUAAUCUACUUAAAUGA